AUGGCAAAUUUGAGUUUUGAGUCUGAUCCCAUAUUGAAGGAGUGCUACAUCCCUAGUUACAUUCUUGUGCCCGACUCUGAUAGUGAGCCUUUACGUGAUGUACCCGAAUGCCCGGUGCUAGUGUUCAUCAACUCCAAAAGUGGUGGUCAGCUGGGUGGAGAUCUGCUUGUCACAUAUCGUUCUCUUUUAAACAAAAAGCAGGUUUUUGAUUUGGGGGACGAGGCUCCUGAUGCUGUGUUACACAGACUGUACCUCCAUCUAGAAAAGCUCAAGCUUAAUGGGGAUGAAUUUGUUUCUAAGUUUCAAGAGAAAUUGAGAAUAAUUGUCGCAGGUGGGGAUGGCACAGCUGGCUGGCUUCUUGGAGUUGUUUCUGAUCUGAAAUUAUCUCAUCCACCACCAAUUGCUACUAUGCCCCUGGGAACUGGAAACAACCUGCCAUUUGCAUUUGGCUGGGGCAAGAAGAAUCCAGGAACAGAUCAUAGUUCUGUGCUGUCAUUCUUGGGGCAAGUAAGGAAAGCAAAAGAGAUGAAAAUAGACAGCUGGCACAUUCUCAUGAGGAUGAGAGCACCAAAAGAUGGUUCUUGUGAACCUAUUGCACCUCUGGAGUUGCCUCAUUCUUUGCAUGCAUUCCAUAGAGUGUCUUCAACUGAUGUUCUCAACAUGGAAGGUUGUCACACAUUUCGUGGCGGGUUCUGGAAUUACUUUAGCAUGGGAAUGGAUGCACAAGUGUCUUAUGCAUUUCAUUCUGAAAGAAAGUUGCAUCCAGAGAGAUUCAAACACCAGUUGGUUAAUCAGAGAACAUACGCAAAGCUUGGAUGUACCCAAGGAUGGUUUUGUGCUUCUCUUUUUCAUCCUUCUUCAAGGAACAUAGCUCAGCUUGCAAAUGUUAAGAUCAUGAAAGGACAUGGGGAAUUGCAAGACCUCCUAAUUCCUCAUAGUAUCAGGUCAAUUGUAUGCCUUAACUUGCCUAGCUUUUCUGGUGGACUAAGUCCUUGGGGAACACCAAAUAGGAAGAAACUGCGUGAUAGAGAUUUGACUCCUCCAUUUGUGGAUGAUAGCCUGCUUGAGAUUGUUGGUUUCAGAGAUGCUUGGCAUGGACUUGUUUUGCUAGCUCCAAAUGGACAUGGGACACGUCUUGCUCAGACACACCGAGUCCGAUUUGAGUUUCACAAAGGUGCAGCCGAGCACACAUUCAUGAGGAUUGAUGGGGAACCUUGGAAACAGCCCCUUCCAGUUGAUGAUGACACCGUUGUGGUAGAAAUCUCGCAUCUUAGACAGGUGAAGAUACUUGCCACCCACGAUUGUAGAUCUAAAAGCAUUCAUGAUCCCUCAACUCCAGUCAGCUAUGAUGCUGAAGAAGAGGACAGUAACAGCAAUGAUGAAGAAGAAUCUGCUGGGGAAGAGUGGAGAAAGUUCGGUGCAGCAGACACCUUCAAAAUCCCAGAGGAUGUUGACAUUUCUCGUCUCAGUUGA